GGGCAUAAGGGGGCUUAAACCCUAUCUGCUCGUUUCUCUCAUACACUCUCAAACACUAAUUCUCACUGCCGAAAGCAAGCGGGAAGGAGAAUAUAUAUGCUUUUGACCUAGGCAGGCAGCUAACAUGAAAUUGAACUUUCCCAUUCGUCUCAUCAGCCCUUCUUUUCCGGUCUCCGGUUUCUCCUCCAUGAAGUCCAAUCCGACCAUGAAGUCCUCCCGCAUGGCGUCGUCCUUAAUCGCCGGCGUUUUUCCUCACAAGCUCAAGUACAGUUUCCUCUACAGAACCUCAGGUGGUUUCACUCUUCCAUCAAGAACUUCUCGAGAUGACCUCGUCGUUCGUCGUUUCUCUACACGACCCAGACCCGGGGUUAGAGCGGAGGUCAGGGGUCCAAAGAGCUUGGUCGAUGAUGAAGCCGACCUUAGUGAUUGGGUAAGUGGUUUACGGUCGACGCCCUCGUUUUCCAAGAAUUUAUACAGUAGUGACAAUGACAAUGAUGACCGUGGUGGUGAUGGCAGAAAUGCGCGAAGUAAUAGAGGAAGAGGCGGCGGGAACGAUAGAUUUCAGAGGGAUAGGCCACCGAUGAAGAGACAGAGGGAUAGUGAUUCAGAUGCGUUUGACUCACCAAGUAGGAGAGGAGGCCGCGGAGGUUCAUUUGCUCCGUCGUCAAGGAAUUCUAGGAGGGAUAGUGAUUCAGAUGCUUAUGAUUCACCAAGCAGGAGAGGAGGAGGUGGAGGAGGUCGGGGUUCGUUUGCUCCGUCUUCAAGAGGUUCAAGGGGUUCGUUUCCAUCUUCAAGGGGUUCAAGGGGUUCGUUUCCCACCUCAAGGGGUUCAUCAAGAGGUUCAUUUCCAUCGUCAAGGGGUUCAUUUGCUCCAUCUCCAAGGGAUUCGAGGAGGGGUAGUGAUUCAGAUGAAAUUGAUGAUUCACCAAGUAGGAGAACCAGCAGUGGUUCAUUUGAUCCAUCAUCAAGGAAUUCGAGGGGAAGAGGACCUCGAUUUGGUAGUGACUUGCAGAAUGUUGAUAGAUCUUCAUCAGGAAGAAGAGAGAAUACACGUGGAGAAGCUGUAUUUACGAAGAGAGGCAGCGAAAACUCGAGAGGAGGAGUUAAACAGCUGGGAAGACCUAAGUUGGUAUCUUCGGACGAUGAAUCAGACGAAGAUGAUGAGCAUCCAUUCGAGGAAAUCAGUGAAUCUGACGACGAUGAUGAACAGCCAAACGAGUCCGUCAAGAGCUUCAGAGACUUAAUCAGUGAAACUGAAGGCGAUGAAAAAGAAGAAGAAGAAGAAGAUGAGAUCGAGAAUGCAGUUAAAUCUAUUACUCCAAGAACUGCGCCUGUUUCUUCUGGGAGUAGCGAGUCUUACUUGAGCAAGACAAGGUUUGCUGAUUGUCCAAUUUCACCAUUAUCCCUAAAAGGCACAAAGGAUGCUGGAUACGAGAAGUUGACUGUGGUUCAAGAAGCCACACUUCCAAUUAUUCUCAAAGGUAAGGAUGUUCUAGCAAAAGCAAAAACUGGCACUGGAAAAACCGUAGCGUUUUUGCUUCCUUCAAUUGAAGUAAUUGCUGGAUUACCACCUAGUGGUCUUGAUCAAAAGAGGCCUCCAAUUUAUGUUCUUGUCAUUUGCCCAACAAGAGAGCUCGCUAUUCAAGCUGCUAAAGAAGCCAACGCAUUAUUGAAGUACCAUUCCGCCAUUGGCGUUCAAGUUGUCAUUGGAGGUACCAGACUUGCUCUUGAACAGAAACAAAUGCAAGCCAAUCCUUGCCAGAUUCUUGUUGCUACACCAGGAAGGCUCAGAGAUCAUACAGAGAAUACUGCAGGAUUUGCAACUCGUCUCAUGGGUGUUAAAGUCCUUGUUCUUGAUGAAGCUGACCAUUUAUUGGAUAUGGGUUUCCGCAAAGAAAUUGAGAAAAUCAUUGCUGCUGUUCCAAAACAGAGACAAACACUUCUCUUUUCUGCUACCGUUCCUAACGAGGUUCGACAAAUUUGUCAUAUGGCUUUGAAAAGAGAUUACGAGUUUAUCGACACAGUUGGAGAGGGGACUGAGCAAACACAUGCACAGGUCACACAAUCGCAUCUUGUUGCUCCUUUGGACCAGCAUUUUUCAUUACUAUACACUCUACUGAAAGAGCAUAUAUCAGAUGAUGUGGAUUACAAGGUUCUUGUUUUCUGCACCACGGCUAUGGUCACAAAACUUGUUGCUUCCCUCCUUGGUGAGCUCCAUAUGAAUGUUCGUGAGAUCCAUUCGAGAAAGCCACAGAGUUACAGGACAAGAGUUUCCGAUGAAUUCCGCAAAUCAAAAGGUCUAAUUCUUGUGACUUCUGAUGUCUCCGCACGAGGAGUGGAUUAUCCCGAUGUUACCCUCGUUAUACAGAUUGGUACUCCGGCUGACAGAGAACAGUACAUUCAUCGGCUUGGUAGAACAGGUCGUAAAGGAAAAGAAGGACAAGGGAUAUUAAUGUUAGCACCUUGGGAAAAUUCUUUCUUGUCAACUGUUAAAGAUUUGCCGAUUUCUAAGGGUUCCCCACCCAUGAUCGACCCCGAGACAAAGAAAAAGGUGGAAAGAGCGCUUUCAAAUGUGGAGAUGAAAAACAAAGAAUCUGCGUACCAGGCUUGGCUCGGUUAUUACAACUCGAGCAAAGUUGUGGGAAAAGACAAGUAUAGAUUGGUGGAGCUUGCGAACGAGUUUAGCCGAAGUAUGGGGCUCGAUAAGCCCCCGGCUAUUCCAAAACUCGUUCUUGGCAAAAUGGGUCUCAGGAAUAUACCCGGCUUGCAAGCAAAGUAAGUUUAUUAUAUUAGAUAUAUAUAGCCACAUCUUGUUGGUGGUUCUUCUUGCAUCAAUAUGUUUUGAAUUUUUCUAAGUUUUGAAAUUUACAUUAUUUUAUCACUACUUUAUUUGCAA